UGGCUGCCGGGUCGGUCGGCGUCGGGCUGGGGCGGGGCGCGGCGACCGGGGCGACUGCGGUGGCCCCGGCCCGGCCCGGCUCGGCCCGCCCGCUCAGUCGGUGUCAGACAGUGGAGGUGGUAGCGCGUGCCGGUCCGAGCCUCCACUGCGCAGUCGCCGGGAGCAGACCGGCAGGUCACCAUGUCCAGUUCACCGGUACCCAACGAGAUAUCGGCGCCCUACGAGGUGCCCCACUAUCCGAUCGAACAGAUCGAGACCAAGCUAGCGCAGCAGAAACACAUCAGCCAGAGCUAUGGAAAAGGCGACGGGGACCGUCGCAGCGAGAAACCCCCGGCUGAGGAGGCGGACGCGGCCUCGGUCGAGAUCGACGACUACGACUAUGUGCCGCACUUCCAGCGGGUCUCCAUUUCUGGGGAGGACACCAGCGGGGUGCCGGCGGAGGACCUGCGGAAGGCCUCUCAGGAGCUGGUGCGAGCUCUGGGGAUCCGCGAACGCUACAUGACCCAGUCGCACCAGAGCUUUCCUGACACGGCCGCGCGCUUCCUGUGCAGCGGCACCUCCUCGUCCACAGUGCGGCACGGAGUGAGGACGCACAUUCACGAGCACCCGGUGCACGCGCCAUCCACGGACAACCCGUGGGAGGUGGAAUGGCUGCCGCCGCUCGACUGCACGUGCCAGAUGGUGGGCGGCGUGUACCAGGUGAAGGCGGCAGACGGCACGGUGCGCGACUACGCCUACCCGGGCAAGGAGCAGUUCCUUGUGGACUUCAACUACCUGUGCGCCAUCAUCGCCGACGGACCGCUAAAGUCAUUCUGCUACCGGCGUCUGACAUACCUGUCGUCAAAGUUCCAGCUGCACGUGCUACUGAACGAGCUGCGGGAGCUGGCCGCUCAGAAGUCCGUUCACCACAGGGACUUCUAUAACGUCCGCAAGGUGGACACACACAUUCACGCAGCGAGCAGCAUGAACCAGAAGCACCUGCUGCGCUUUAUCAAAAAGAUGAUGAAGACGAACAGCGAGGAGAUCGUCUGCCUCAACAAGGAGGGCAAGCAGAUGACGCUGCGGGACGUCUUCACAGAGAUGAACCUCACGCCGUACGACCUCAACGUCGACAUGCUGGACGUGCAUGCGGAUCGCAACACGUUCCAUCGGUUCGACAAGUUCAACGCCAAGUAUAACCCGGUGGGCGAGAGCAGCCUGCGAGAGGUGUUCCUCAAGACGGACAACUACAUGAAAGGACGCUACUUCGCCAACAUCAUCAAAGAGGUAUGCGCUGACCUGGAGGAGAGCAAGUACCAGUCGGCCGAGCCGCGACUCUCCAUCUACGGCCGCUCUCCCGGCGAGUGGGACAAGCUGGCCAAGUGGGCCGUCGACAACAACGUCUACUCGGACAACGUCCGGUGGCUGGUGCAGACCCCGCGGCUCUACGACAUCUACCGUUCCAACAACCUGGUGAAGAACUUCGGGGAGAUCAUCAGCAACAUGUUCAAACCGCUGUUCGAGGUGUCGCUGGCGCCGGCCUCGCAUCCGGAGCUGCACAAGUUCCUCCAACACCUGGUCGGCUUCGACUCUGUGGAUGACGAGAGCAAGCCGGACAACCUGCUGUUCGACAUGGACUCUCCGCCGCCGGAGGAGUGGACGGGCAGCGAGAACCCGCCCUACGUCUACUACGUCUACUACACCUACGCCAACAUGGCCGUGCUGAACGCGCUCAGAGAGGAGCGUGGCCUGAACACGUUCGUGUUCCGGCCCCACUGCGGCGAGGCCGGGCCUGUGAACCACCUGGUCUCCACCUUCAUGAUGGCGCAGUCCAUCAACCACGGCCUCGGACUCAGAAAGGUACCAGUGCUGCAGUACCUGUACUACCUGGCCCAGAUCGGCCUGGCCAUGUCGCCACUCAGCAACAACUCGCUGUUCCUGAACUACCCGCGUAACCCGCUACCCGAGUACCUGGCGCGCGGUCUGAACGUGUGCCUGUCCACCGAUGACCCGCUGCAGUUUCACUUCACCAAGGAGCCGCUCAUGGAGGAGUACAGCAUCGCCGCCCAGGUGUGGAAGCUGAGCUCGACCGACAUGUCCGAGCUGUGCCGCAACUCGGUGCUCCAGUCGGGCUUCCCGCACGAGACCAAGCAGCACUGGCUGGGGCCCAACUACACGCGCGAGGGCGUGGCCGGUAACGACGUGACGCGAACCAACCUGCCCGACAUCCGGGUGUCGUACCGGUACGAGACGCUGCUGGAGGAGCUGUCCACCAUCUUCCAGGGCGUGACGCCCGACCCGGUGGAUGAGGUGCAGCGCUACGUGCAGCGCCGCGGCGAGUCGUCGGAGCCGGUGGCUCGCUGAGCGACAGUGGCGACACUGGCGGAGGGCCGGGUGACGCUGGGCGGACCGCUGAACGACCCCGGAGACCCCCAAUCUUUGCUGAGCGACACGUGCGACCGCGGCGGACCGCUGAUCGAGCUCGGUAUCUGCCCUACGACAUCCAGCGUCUGCUGAGCUAUCCCCAAUGUCUGCUGGUCGACCUCCAACGUCCGCUGAGCGGCCCCUUCGGCAGGCUGAGCGACCCCCUGUGGCAACUGGCAGGCUGAGCAACCCCGGAUCACGGUGGUGAAGAUGGCGCCCGGUACUAACUGUCUGGUCUAGAGAUUCGACGGCAUUCGACUCAGCGAACUGAGGUUUCCGUCAUUCGCAUGUGUUGUAGUCCUUGUUCUCCUUACUUUGCCAGGUAUAAUCAUGCGUCUAGAGAUGUAUUGACGGUGCUUGCCUCGCUGUUUUGUGCAGAUUGUUUCCAGUCUUACAAUGAUGAUGACGCAUCAGUGAUGUGUCAUGACUUCCUCGCCCUUUCAAUAUUACUUUUUCUGGGAUGGCUGUCGGGUACCUGCAGGUUCAUUUUUAUAUGGUAAUCAUUACGUGGUAUUAUUUAGAUAUAGUUUAGCGGAUGGAGCUUUGCAUCAAGUGAAUGAAUCAGGAAUGUGUUUCAACCGGCUGACUUGGGAGGUAUGGAAGCAUGAAAAUGACCAGACAACAGCAGAUAUUCUCUUAUGGAUAGAUGUGGCACUCAUUCCUGAACAAAUAUAACUUCCAUGAAACCUGCGAAGAGUUGAAUAAUAAUUAUUGAAAAGGAUUUAAAGUACCAUCGUGUUUAAUAGAUUUUUGCCUAGAAGAACUAGUAUAACUAAUAUUUUCUGCGGUAGAUUCGGACGAUCUUGACAAUAGGUUUGGAUACGCGUCAGUGUGAAGCCAUAAGCGAAGUUCGAACGGUUCGAACCACGUUUUACACAUGCUGAUGAUUCGGUUUUUCAACAAUUGUCGACACUUGUCAAAAUCUUCCUUUACAACACGUAUACCCGAAUCAGAGAAGCUGCCCCAAAAGCUAAUGAAUGGGAAUGUGUCUGUGCGAUGUGUUUUAUUUGUCUAGUUGUAUGUGGGCGUUGUACUAUAUUUUACUCGUAAAAUACUUUUUUACAUGGUAUGUUGACUUCUAUGUGACACCACGAACUCGGACUGAACCAUUACGUUCUGCGCCCAUUUCUUUGACUUGAUUAGAUUAAAAGUUAUCCUAGUCUUGAUCACAAGGGCAUGCGUCCAGCGACGAUUAUUAUUGUAUUCAAUCACUGACGCAGCGCGGCAAUGACCGUUUUAGAGAGGAGAGGGGCGGUCGCUUCCCGCGCGCUAUUACUCAAAAUAAAUGGCAAGCAAUCUAUAA